AUUGCAACGAUCCUUUGCCAUGGACUUUAAUAGCAGUACCUACGAUCAGAAGUACUUCAACUUCACGGCAGCACAGCUUUCAGCCGAGCGCGAACACAUUGUGCAGGAUAUUAUAAAGCAGGGUGCAGCACGCAUAAUUAAUAAGAUCAAGACCCCCGCAACAGCGGAUUUGUUGGAAGCCCAAAAGGAAACCGUUGAGCGUCGUUUUCUGGCUUCCGCAUCCAAGGGUUUGAAAGCCCUGCGAGAAUUGGACAGCAAGGUCUUCCAUGUUCCAUCGCACGUACUGCUGCCGGAACACAUGUUCCUCGAAAAUCAGUUUACCAAGGAGCAGGAGGAGCAGAAGGUAGCCAAACUGGAGGAGCUGAAGGCUAAAUACAGAGAGAACAUGACCAUGCUGGCCCACCUAAAAAUUGAAGAGGAAAAAUACGCCGCCAUGGAGGAUCUCAUCCAAAAAGAGAUCGAAAUGCAGGAUCGUGUACAAAAGAACUGCUCCGCCCUCAAUGCGGCCAAGCUGAAACAAUAUUGCACCCAAGUUAAUCUAAAACAGCCAAACAAAGACUUUGGCCAAUUAAAAAUAAUACUACAUUAUUUAUAAAUAAUUUAUUAAGGUUUAUAGUAAAUCUGUCACCUUAAAAUAAUCCAAGUUUAAAAGGGUUCACUUCAAAGCUAAAAUAAUUAUCCAACUAACCCUGCUGUUAAAUUAAUUUUUAAUUUAAUUAUCUUAAAAAUAAAAUCAUAAUUAAAUUAUGAAGUACAAAUAAAGUUAACCAAAACAUACCACUUGAUCUUCGCUGGCAACGGCAACCAAGCAACGGUCGCUGUUUAAAAAUUCCAAAUGCCUUGUUUUCAAACAGAAAACAAGCCGGCUUAAAACCUU